CUGAAGCCGGCGGGGAGAGGCCGACAGGCCCGGCUCUGGGGGCUCCAGCUUCCCUCCAGCUCUGGCUCCCGGGGAGCUGCUUCGGAAUUCUCUCAGUGCCUGCUAUUUUCAUGCAUUUGGCUGGACCUCACAGAGCCGAGUCCACAAUGCGCAGGCACCAGGAAAAAGAUGCUGAGCUGGACCGUAGGAUAGUUGCCCUGCGCAAGAAGAACCAGGCCUUACUGCGCAGGUACCAGGAGAUUGAGGAAGAUCGUCGCCAGGCCGAGCAGGGGGGCAUGGCCGUGACCACACCAGCGCUCUUCCAACCCGACGGGCUCACAGUCACCAUCAGCCAGGUCCCUGGUGAGAAGAGGGUGGUCAGCAGAAACUGGGUCAGGGUGCCCCCUUCCCCUGGGAUGACUGGCGCCCUGACAGAUGAGGAUGCUGCAGACACGACGGGCGUUUUCUGCAUGGGGGACCGGGUGGAACUAGCUGUGACCAUGGAGAACAAAGCCAAGGCCAAGCGGAUCGUAAGUGAAAAACCCACCGCCCCAGCAAGGAACCCAAGGGCCAAGGGGACAUCUGGAGGCGGCCGGGGCCAGAGUUCUCCCCUGCAGGGUGUUCCGGAGCCCCGGAGUCCAGGCGUGGCCCCAGGCCCACCUCCCCAGCAGCCCGCGGGACUGCCCGCAGAGGCCAGGGAUGACUACAGGCAGUGGAAACGGGAGCGGGAGCAGAUCGACCUGGCCCGCCUGGCCCGGCACAGAAAUGCACAGGGUGACUGGAGCCGCCCGUGGGACCUGGACAAAGCCAAGCCCAUGCCACAGGACAGCAGCAAGCCUGGAGACAAGGACUCGGCCAUAGGCAGAAAGGGUCCUAGGACCCACCAGAAGCCACAACUUCCCCCACCAUCCAUGGAUGGAAAACGUCGGGGUGGACCAUCUGGAAGACCCUCAGUGACAUCCACCAUAGUCAGCAAAGCCCAGGGGAAGGAGAGGCUGACUGGCAGGGCCCGAAGGUAUGACCUGAAGGAAGAGGAGAAGCUGCAGAGCCAGGAGGGAAGCCAGAGCACCAUGAAGACUCCCAGUGCAGAGGAAGGACAUGUACAGAAGCAGGGUGAAAUGGAACCAGGCAGACAGGAGACCGUGCCUGCAACCAGUCCGGCUCUGGCCUCCCCAGAGGGGCUAAAGGGGGAGUCAGGAACCUCUACAGCCGGUUUGGCCCUAGACUCCCCACAAAAUUCUGACUUGGCUCCCCUUGACCUCUCUCUAGGAGGAGCUUGCAUCCCCAAGCCUGGAGAGAGCACAGAUGGGCUCAGUCCAAAGUGCGGGGCUCUGGAAAGUCCGGGGCCACAGCCAAAUGGUUCUGAGCAGCGGACCCUGGUGCGGGAUGCCCACCAGCCUGGGCUGGAAGUCCACACUUAUGCCGAGUCACAGGGCGAAGCAGAGGUCUCAGAACCCAAGGAGGACAGGGCUGGUGAGGCUUGGGCCCAGCAGAGCCUGGCACCAAGAAGCAGGCCCCCGAGAGGAACUGGCCAAAGGACAAGAGGCACAAGUAGGAGAACCAGGGCAGGCGGUCCUGGCCCUGCAGGAAGAUGCUGAGCAAAGCUCGUGGAGUCGGGGAGCCAGGCUAAGGAGGGGAGAGCUCAGUCCUGAGUCUUUGGUGUGGCAGGAGUCUGGCUGCUGUGGCUUGUAACUGUUUGGUCGAGCAGUGUGGCAAAAUUCCGCAGGGACACCACGCGAGGGCCUCUUACGCACAUCUCUCGACACAAGUGGGAUUUUACAUGUAGGCAAGGCCCCUGGUGUAUUUGCCAGGCUGGGAUCUCCUGUUCAAGGAUGGUAUCCCUGGACUGGGCCUACUGCUACCUAGGAUAGGCCUUUCCCACAAAGCAAGAGUUGGUAGUACCCCAGAACGUGGGUCUGUUGGCAGUACCCCAGAACGUGGGUCUCCUGGCUCCCUGUCAUUCCUCAUUCCCAGGUCUCCCUCCCCAGGCACAGCCCUCAGGUGCCUUAACUUUAGAUGGUCUCAGAGCUGGUGUGGCCAGCCCAGCCCCUUUCUGACACCCAUGCCUUUCAUCCAGGUGACUCACGGUCCUGGUCUUCCAAGAUGGCCAAACUGGGAUUUCAAUAAUCGCCUGAGGCCCAGAGAAAGUGGGUUGAGACUCACGGCUGACAGGAACAAGGGUGGAGUGGAAGAAUAGAAUCCCAGGCUUCUUGGGGGGAAAGGAGGCAUUGCCGGGCCUCUUCUCUGACCUGGGCUAGGCUUCUCUUGUCCAUGGCCACAGGAGAAUGGGAGAGCUCACCAGCAGGUACUGAGUCUGCCUCUUCUAUAUCCAGAUCAGACAUCAUGGGUGCCCUGAAUGGACCCUGCAGCCCAGGGCCGUUUCCUGACUUCUCUUCCUUCUGCAUUUCCCCUCACCAGGGCCGGGCACAAGCGAGCACGUAGAGAUAGAGGAGUAGCAACCGCAGCUAAGUGCAACAUGAGGAGGUGUCUUUCUAACUCAGGCUCCAUGCAGGCCCCUCCCAUGAGGCCCACGGCUGGUGAAUUAUCCAGACUCUGCACAAGCUGUGGCUCCCUUUCAAUACAACAAACAUUUCCUGAGCGUCUUCUCCCAGUGAUCCAGCCGGUGGGCGAGGGUGACUCUGCCAGCAGGAGGGAGGGAAGGAACUCAGUCAUCCACAGCUCAAGGCUGAAUGGCAAGUGCUGUUCUGUCUGCAGAUGCCUGGCAGCCCUGGGGACGAUGAGGGUAGGAGCCUGAAGAGAGCCACCCCACCUUUGCUGCCCUCUUUUGAUGUGGCCUGCGCCCUUUGCUCCUAGGCCCUUAUCUGGAUGGCACCAUGCAGCCCCCUCCCCUUUCCUCUCCUUUCCUUAUGUGAGGGGAGUCUCACAUAAUCCCCUGAGACUCUAGGGAAGGCCCACACCAGCUCCAUCUUUCCACGCGAGGCCUGACACUUGGGCUCCUGUCUUGGUCUUCCUUCCUGGCUCUUGGUUCCAUCUAGUCCCUCUACUCAGGUGGAGGGAAUCCUCAAACAGGUCAAGUUGUUCAGAGAAUUCUUCUCACACUUCCGUGGGGCCGGAGGUGCAGGUUGAACCCAGUGGGGCUGGGGAAGGUCUGGAAGUUUGCGUUUCUAAUAAGUCCCAGGUGAGACAUACAUGGCUGUUCUUCUUUUUCCCCCAGCCUGAAGAACCCUUUGAGGAGUCGGUUCUGGAGUGGGGUGUGUGAAGGGUUCGGUUAGAGCGGAGUCUAGAUUGUAAGGGCAAGUUGCUGGCUACGCAGGAACCAGGAGAGUGCGCCCCUGUCAAUGGAAGAGGCUUCCUGGCUUCAGAGGCUCCUGUGGAAGAUUCUUUGGGCAGUGGGUAGUGGAGUCAACUCUACAGUGUAUCAAAAGGAAGCUGACCAGGCAGGGAUAUGACAGGUUGAACUGGGAGGGUCAGCGUGGGGGUCAGCGGAAGUUUGAAAAGGCAGAAAAACAUUCCUGUACAUGUGAGACAUGCCUGGGCCCGAGUGAAGGAUCCAAAUUCAAUUUUUCUAUCCUGCCUUCCAGUCUCAAGUAUAGGUCUUUGGAAUGUGACAUGGGCCCUGGAGCUCAUGACUCCUAAAAGAUGGGACUGGAAUAGAGUGGGUUCAGGCAGAACUCUUGAAUUCAGAUAUUGCGAAGAAAUGAUUGUGAUCAAGAAUUUGAAUUCUUGGCUGGGGGUGUAGGUUGUAGUUGUAGUCCAUUCUUAGCAUACAUGAACCCCUAGGUUCAGUCUCUAGGAUCCCCAAGACAGCUAGUGAGUAGGGAGGGAGACAGGGAAGGGUAGAGGGAAAGAGAGGGAGAUGGAGAGGGGGUGGGAGAGAGGGAGAGAGAAAAGAGAUUCACAGUUUGCUUCCCACUGGAUGUUGCCAACUCUCCAAUGCGCUUCAUCAAACAACACAGAGCAUGACGUGUUUGCCCAUGGGCUGAGGAUGUAAAAACCUGGCAGGGUUCUAGCUGGUUCUUACAAAGGGACCUAAGCAGGACAAAGAGCUAGCAAGGAGGACUGAGAGGAUAUGGGGCUUUUCUUCACGGGCAACAACCAUUCAGUAGACCACUGGGGGAAGCCAUCCUAGGGACUGGAGAGAACG